AUGGGGAACGAUAUUAGCACCAACCAUUCUGCCUCAAUGGGUCAGUUUUCCCACGGGCCAACCAAUCACGCUCCCAUGCACCAGUCUUCAUUCCGCUCCCCCCAUUCCUCCGCUCACUCCUCCUCUUACUCCUCUCUCUCCAUCCUCCCUCCCACCUCCUAUACAGACGACCACACACUCCCCUCUCGGUCCGCCAUUCCCUCGCAGGCCUCCUACUCCCCCACCUCCUCCACUCUCCAUUCCUUCGCCUCCCCAGCUUGCGCCUCCCCCGUUUCCGCCUCCCCCACCUGCGCCUCCCCCACCGCCGCCUCCCCCAUCUCCGCCACCCACGCUCCUCCCUUUCCCCCCACCAGGCCCAGGCCUGCCCGGCAACCUGCCCCGGGCUUUCAUCGCAGGAGCAGUUCCCUUUCAGUGCUGACCGAGUAUCUGCCCGGGGUGGCACCUGCAGCCUGCAACUCCCCCUGUAGCAGCACCACGCCAGCAUACGCCCACCCCUCCACAUCCACUGUUUCAUCCCGGCCGUCAGCUGAGAAACCCCCAACGCCGCGUAAAGCCCCGGUGGCCCCCAGGUUUGCUCGCUCUCCUCAACAACCCUCUGCUGCUGUAGCUGGGAGCGGCUCCCCUGGUCUUCACCACGUGCAGCACAUGCAGCACUCGCAGCACAUGCAGCACUCGCAGCACAUGCAGCACUCGCAGCACAUGCAGCACUCGCAGCAGGUGCAGAUGCAGCAGGUGGAGCAGGUGCGGCCUUCCAGAGAAAGCCUCACCAGUGGGCGACCCAGGACUCCAUCCAUGCACCGCUUCACCCCGUCGCUGCCUGAAAUAUCCGUGGCGGAUGCAGUGGAGGAGGAAGGGAAGGGGAGUGAGGAGGGCGGUGACGGGAGUUUCUCAAGGAGCCCAGUGAUGGUUGAGCUACCGUGGAGAGAUGGGAAUGGACGGCAUGGUGCGCUGAUGCAAGGUCGGAGGCACGGCAUGCCAGGCCACGCUGGGAGGCUCGGAGAGUCGGGUUAUAGGAGUAUGAGCAGCGAUAAUGUGCUGGGAGGCUGGAGUGACAUUGAGGCAGAUGCUGAGUGGGUGGCGGUGGGAGGGAAACAGGCGAACGCAAGGGAGGUUGUGGAGGGGAAUGAUGGCAGUCCUAGUCCUAGCAGCAAGGGGGGUAUCAAGGGUGAUACUGCAUUGCAUGAGGAUGUGAGGGGUGGCAGUGUCAGGGGGCAGGAGGAGGGUGUGAGGAGCACUAGGAGUGUGUUGAAGAAGAUGCUGUGGAGAUUCAAGUCAGGUCCCGCUGGGCAGGCAGACGAGUCUUCUUCGGAAAAACUAGAGCAGCAGCAGCAGCAGCAGGAAGAGGGAGAGGAGAGGCAGGGGGGGGCGGAGCAGGAGAAGUGGGGCGGUCGCACAGUGCGUGUCUUUGCAGUAGCAGAGUGUUGA